GGAGAGGAUUUUAACCUUUGACCUAUGACCUCACUGGAAACCCACGUGGUUGCAGCAGGAGCUCCAGCAUGUCUGAGUUCAGAGCUGAAACACAGCAAAACGGCGCAAUGAGUAAAGUUACAUCGAAAAAAAGAAACGUCGAGGAAGACGAGGAGAAACUGUUCGCUACAGACGCUCAUCUUGACGGAGAUGAUGAUGAUGAUGAUGAUGAUGAUCUCUCGGACAGUGAGGAAAGUGUCUUCUCCGGGCUUGAAGACUCUGGAAGUGAUGAUGAUGAUGAUGAUGAUGAUGAUGGAGAUGAAGACUCAGAUAUGAAUGAAAACGGAAAGAACGCAAAUGUAGCAAAAAACAGUGAGACUUCCAUCAAGACAACAGGCAAAACUCAGGCUCGGACAGCUAAGAACAGAAAGCUGCAGAAGGAAAAGCAGAAGACUGAAGUGGAUGAAACCGUGGAGAAGAGUGUGAACCCGGGGGGAUCUUCUCAGGUGGAUGAGUACGAUCAGGACACUUCAGAUGAAGAGGACAUCCGCAACACAGUGGGAAACAUUCCAAUGGACUGGUACAAAGAUUAUCCCCACAUUGGCUAUGAUCUGGACGGCAAAAAAAUCAUCAAACCGAUCAGGAGCAAGGAUGAGCUCGACGAAUUCCUAGACAAGAUGGAGAACCCUGAUUACUGGCGCACUGUCCAUGACAAGAUGACCGCCACAGAUAUCCGUCUGUCUGACGAGCAGGUGGAUCUGGUGCACCGCCUGCAGCAAGGCAAAUUCGGUGAUGUUAACUUCAACGAGUAUGAGCCUGCGAUCGACUUUUUCUCCAAUGAAGUGAUGAUCCAUCCGGUGACCAACAGGCCUGAGGACAAGCGCAGCUUCAUUCCAUCUCUCAUUGAGAAAGAGAAGGUAAGCAAGCUGGUUCACGCCAUAAAGAUGGGCUGGAUUAAACCACGCAGGCCCAAAGACACCACACCUCAGUACUAUGACCUGUGGGCACAAGAGGACCCCAAUGCCAUCCUGGGGCGCCACAGAAUGCACAUCCCUGCUCCAAAGAUAAGACUGCCGGGUCACGAGGAGUCCUACAAUCCUCCUCCAGAGUAUCUGCUCACAGAGGAAGAGAGACUGGCAUGGGAGCAGCAGGACCCAGAGGACCGCAAGCUGAACUUCCUGCCUCAGAAAUACUCCUGUCUCCGGGCUGUCCCUGCCUUCUCACGCUUCAUCCACGAGCGUUUCGAGCGCUGCCUUGACCUGUACCUGUGUCCCCGGCAGCGCAAGAUGAGAGUCAGCGUCAACCCAGAGGACCUGAUUCCCAAACUGCCCAAACCCAAAGACCUGCAUCCAUUCCCCACCACCCAGUCACUGGUGUACCGCGGUCACUCCAGUCUGGUUCGCUGCAUCAGUGUGUCCCCCAGCGGUCAGUGGCUGGUAUCAGGCUCAGACGACUGCACCGUGCGCUUCUGGGAAGUGAGUACAGCUCGCUGUGUGAAGACGGUGGAGGUGAGUGGAGGUGUGAAGAGCGUGGCCUGGUGUCCAAACCCUGCUGUGGGUCUGGUUGCUGUCACUCAUGGUGAGACUGUAGUGCUGAUAAACCCUGGCCUUGGAGAUCGUCUGAUCUGCAGUGCUACUGAUCAGCUCAUCUCGUCCUAUGAGGAACAGGAGGAGGCCAAGGAGCAGGCGGUGCAGUGGGCCGUCGCUGAGGGCAAAGGUCACGAUCAGGGCCAACGGCUCAUUCUCACACACCCCAAGGCUGUGAGACAGGUGAGCUGGCACGGAAAAGGUGACUACCUGGCCUGCGUCAUGCCCGACGACAGCAGCAAUCUGCAGGUGUUGAUCCACCAGGUGAGCAAGCGACGCUCGCAGAACCCCUUCCGUAAGAACAAGGGCAUGGUGCAGUGCGUCUCCUUCCACCCCAUCAGGCCCUACUUCUUUGUGGCCACACAGCGCUACGUCCGUAUCUACAACCUCAUCAAUCAGGAGCUCACCAAGAAGCUCAUGACCAACUGCAAGUGGAUCUCCAGCAUGGCCGUGCACCCUGGAGGUGACAACGUGAUCUGUGGCAGCUACGACUGUCGACUGGCCUGGUUCGACCUGGAUCUGUCUACGAAGCCGUAUAAAGUGCUCCGGCAUCAUAAGAAGGCUCUGAGGGGCGUGGCCUACCACAGACACUACCCUCUGUUCGCUUCGGGAUCGGACGACGGCAGCGUUGUCGUCUGUCACGGGAUGGUGUACAAUGACCUGCUGCAGAAUCCCCUCAUCGUCCCAGUCAAAGUUCUGAAAGGUCACGCCAUCACUCAUGACUUAGGGGUGCUGGACGUGGCUUUCCACCCGACCCAACCCUGGGUCUUCUCCUCCGGGGCAGAUGCAACAGUCCGUCUCUUUACCUAAUCACCACAUUCUGCCUGUAUCUUAAGUGACAAACUGGAUGAAGGCUGAAAGUGAUUUUUAAUCUGUACACGUUUUUCUACAUCUUGUUACUUCUUAAAACUGUACAUGCUCAGAAUCAUCCGUUUUGACUUGUCAAUAAAGUUUUUAUAAAUAAGAAAUAAAUGAAAAGAGAAUGAAAUCUGGGGUGAGUUUCUGUGACGUGUUUGUGUAUGAAGCAGAAGCGUGUCUGAUUCCUCCAGCCCAGUCCCAGUCCUGUUCCCACACUGGGCCAUGCAGCUGUCUCAUGCUGAAUCAAGACUGAACCACUAAUCCAUGGACAAGGAGACAACACAUGAAAAAGUAUAUGUUCAACUAUAAUUCAUGCCAAAAGAAACAAUAAAGAACACAGUUUCAGGA